AUGCCGGACCAGAGACAUUCCGUUCUCCUUCUGUCUCUCAAUAAAUUCAGCGGCUUCGACGAGCUGCACGGGCACCUCCUCACCGCAUUGCGUGCCAAAGCUGAGGUGCACGAAGUGACAUCUUCAGGAAACGCCAUUCAGCGUCUUUCCACCGCUCCCCACCCAAAAGCCAUCAUCGUCACUGAUGCAGGAGUCACCGAGCGCAAGAACAACAAGGUGCUCGCAAAGCUCGUCGAAUAUGUCACUUCUGGUGGCACUAUCAUCUUUGCCUGCCAGUUCAGCUCUUUCGUCCGCCCAGUCGAUAUGAAUUCCAUGUUUCAGAAGUCUUGGAAUCUGCCGUGGAAUGCGGGCUCGUACCAUCGCAGCACAUUCGCCCUGAAUUCUUCUGUGAAGGGCCUCGGAUUGGACGGCCUGGCGAGUGAAUACAGCAUGAAGGCUGUCCAUCUGAGAAAUGUGGCGCUCCAUGCGUCCGUGUAUCUUCCUACGUCGGAAUCUUGCAUCCAGUCGCUUGUAUUCGCUCCUAGCCCGGUCGGCCGCCUGAACGAGACGCCCGUCGCAUUCGCGUCUUUCGGAAAUGGUUACAUCGGAUACGUAGGAGACGUCAAUGCGGAAGAAAACUCAUCCAACGUUGUUAUCGCCAUGUGUCUUGCCUCGGAACCGCGGCUAGCCUCUGGAACCCCUACUCCUCCCAACAAUGUCCAGGCUGUGCGCGAAAACAUGAAGCCAAUAAUUCUCAUGCUCUCGUUGGAGAAGGAACCGUGGAUCGACGAUUCAUAUUCCCAAUUAUAUUCAGGCUUGAGCAAGAAUGCCACGCUCCACGAAGCACGGACCGUCCGAGAAGCAAAUCGUAUCCUGAAUACAUCCCCGUCGCCGUUCGCCGUGCUAGCAACUGAUUCUGGCAUCGCACGCCGCAAGCACCUGAACCUUUUGACGCGGCUCGUCGAGUAUACAAGAGCAGGCGGACGCAUCGUGAUCGGAUGCCAGUUCAGCAACAACUUGCCCCUCGACUGUGCAGAGCGCUUCUUUGCUAGGUGGAAUCUGCCCUGGGAUGCAGGCUCGUACUAUCGCACGACCUUCGCGCUGAAUCCAGCAGGCAUCCCGUCGCCGCUGUCUCGACGCGCUCUAUUCCCUCAGUAUAGCAUGAAGGCGCUGCACCUCAAGAAUGUCUCACCAGAGACGGCCGUAUACAUCCCUACCUCCCAGUCGCAAGUCGAAUCUCACGUCUUCCCCGUGACCCCCAUCACCGGAGCGCAGUUAGAGGAGAGCCCGGCCACGUUCGCACAUGUUGGAGAAGGAUACCUUGGAUAUGUCGGAGAUGUGAAUGGAGAACAGCAGACGAUCCGGCUCCUCAUUGAGAUGUGUGGCGUCCGUAUCAAGCCAGGUGAUCUGGGAACGAGGAAUUGCAUGACAGGAGUGAGCUUUGGACCGAAUGGAAUGGAAACGCAACGGCAGUAUUUCUCUGAGACACCGUUGCCAGUCUAUCCAGAGAUUAUUGUACGUCCGAGAGAUACAGAAGUGACCGCGCGGGCUGUCAGACGUAAGUCUCACGCGAGGGAACAGCAAGCUUUGGCGGAGAAGUUGAAACAAGAGGGGAACGACUUUUACAAGGAUGGAGCAUGGGAAGAUGCCGCAGAAGCGUAUCGCAAAGCGGCUUUCGUGUACGGUCCCCGGCCUGUCUACAUGACCAACCUCGCUGCUGCGUUGCUGAAGCUCAGGUUAUGGGACGAGGCUGAAAGUGCCACUGACAGAGCAUUGCGGUACGAACCAAAGAACUUGAAAGCGCGCUUCCGUAGGGGAAUUGCACGUAAGGAGCUUGGAGACUACGCUGCUGCAAUCAAAGAUUUCUACAGCGUCCUCAGACAGGAUCCCAAUAAUGGUGCAGCACGCACGGAAUUGGCUGCUACCUUGUCUCUGCAGUCAGCCGAAAGUGGGUAUUCCAUAGCCGCUGUCGUAGACGAAAGCCGCCCGGAAAACGAAGAUGCGUGUUCGGAUAUCCUCACAGAGUCAGACUCAAGCGAUUUUGCUAUCGUAGGCGACAGCGAUAUGGGGGUCUGCAAAUCCCACAACCACCAAGGUUGUGCUGAGGGGCGCCAAUGCCGUUACCGCCAUGCGGGGGACAACUUCAGCGUGAGGGAUAUGUUAGGAAGAAAUGUCUGCCUGAUGUGGCUUCUCGGUACCUGCCGCUAUGAUCAGGGAUGCAGUUACAAUCACGACGACACGUACCUCCCUACGCGUGGCUGGUGGGCUGAUGAAUGGAAGCUAGCCCGCAUGCGUGACGACGUACAGAACCUCCUUAGGCAAGGACUCCAACUGGAGGAAGUUGAGAACAUGAUCCCUUCCCGUUGGCCAACCUGGCGCCAGGAUGCCUGGGCGGUUGCAGAAAACUACCGAGAGUAA